CGUAAGAGUUUAAGAAUCUGUCCUUAUGUUAGCAAAAUAGCCACCAAGUCGGGUGUAAUGACACAAAAUGUCCGACGCGCGGCGCGAGGCUUUCGUCUUUCGGCAAACUCCCGACACUAACCGAAAACAGCCGAAGAAUUCCGAACGAGAAGCGGCGCUAUCCGGAACAUCCGGCAGCUUAAAACAUAAACAGCAAUGGCGGAAGCAGCUGCAACGUCCACAGCGGCCCCAGCGAUCUCAGGAGGUUGGACCAAACACGUAACCUGCAGAGGACAGCGCACCAAAAGUGUCCUUUGCUUGGAAUGUAUUUUAUCUCCGAACCCGUUUAGCGUGAAUAUUUUAGUCGGAUUUCUGGCAAGGACAAAAAAAAAAAACCAAAUACGGUUGUCAUUUCUGCCUAAGUUAUGGUGUCUCAUGUCAUCGAACAGGUUCGACCAUCACAAUCCAUCGCAAGACGAGCUGCAGACGCCUGAGCCUUUGCCUUCCACCUCUCGAGCCAGCCAGCCCGAUCCGGAGCUCAGUGGGCCGACGCCCGGCCCAGGGGCACAAGAUUGGGUCAACGCCGCCGAGUUCGUACCGGGGCAGCCGUACUGUGGACGCGUGGAGUCGGCCAACGCGCCGAGCUCGGUGCCCCUCAUCGAGGAGUUUGACAGCGAGGCGGCGCCCGACGACAAAGAGCUGAGGAAGCAGCUGUGCCCGUACGCCGCCGUGGGCGAGUGCCGCUACGGCCUCAACUGCGUCUACCUCCACGGCGACGUGUGCGACAUGUGCGGCCUGCAGGUGCUCCACCCCACCGACAACGACCAGCGCUCGGACCACACCAAGGCGUGCAUCGAGGCCCACGAGAAAGACAUGGAGAUCUCGUUCGCCAUCCAACGCAGCAAGGACAUGAUGUGCGGCGUGUGCAUGGAGGUGGUGUUUGAGAAAAGCAACCCGAGCGAGCGCCGCUUCGGCAUCCUCUCCAACUGCAGCCACUGCUACUGUCUAAAGUGCAUCCGCAGGUGGCGAAGCGCCCGGCAGUUUGAGAGCAGAAUCAUCAAAUCGUGCCCGGAAUGUCGAAUCACAUCCAACUUCGUCAUCCCGAGCGAGUUUUGGGUGGAGGAUAAGGAGGAAAAGCAGAAACUCAUCCAAACGUACAAGGAAGGCAUGGGGGGUAAACCGUGUCGAUACUUCGACGAGGGCCGCGGAACGUGUCCUUUCGGCUCCAACUGCUUCUACAAGCACGCUUUUCCUGACGGGCGCCUGGAGGAGGCGCAGCCUCCGCGGCGGCAGACCGGGUCCAACAGCAGGAACAGGAGCUCACGACACACGCGCCUCUGGGACAUCCUGGACGAGCGAGAAAGCAGUUACUCGUUCGACAACGACAACGAGGAGAUGGUCACGUUCGAGCUGAGCGAAAUGCUCCUCAUGCUGCUCGCCGCCAGCACCGACGACGAGGUGACCGACUCCGAGGACGAGUGGGACUUGUUUCAUGAGGAAUUGGAUGAUUUUUACGAAAUUUACCUAUAGCUGCACCCCGCCCCCCGCACCUACCCACAUAUCACCCAAUCCCUAAUAUAUAUAAAAAAAUAUAUAUAUUAAACCCUAGAAUGAACUGUCUCGUGCGAGUGAUGGACAGUAGCCCCGCCCCCUCCUCUCAACUUCUUGAAUUGUGGCAGUGCCUUUAAGCAGGCCAUUAAUAAAUGAACUUAAAAAAAAAAAAGUGCAUUUGUGCUUUAAAAAAAAAAAUCUAGAUCCCGUGACUUUUGCCCCUUGUUGUCCAAGCAAAAAAAAAAAAUUGCGACGGGCAUGUCAGAAGAUUUGACCCUUUUUGAACCCACCCCCCCUCCUUCACCUUUGUUAAAGCUGUUUAUAGCUUAUAUAUUGUGCUAACUAUUAAUCAUAGCCACGUUCCUGAUGUACUCAGUAUUUACUGUCCAGCCAUGCCUUUUUUUUUUUUUUUUUUUGUUCCUUCAACCAUCAAAAGGCGUGACGAUCACUCGGCUUCACUAUUGGUUUGUUCAACCUCCUCCCGAUCCGUUUUGCACCUUAAGUCACCGAGCAGCUCACAGGCGAAUAUGAACUUUCAAUUCCCCCAAUCCGAACUGACCCAUUCAUUUCAUGAAGUGCAAUAUUCUACUAUCUACUGACUUUAAAUGUUGUUUGGAAAAAAAAUAAAAUUAAAAAAAAAAAAAAAAACAAGAAAAAGAUGGGGAGGGAGGCAGCCCUUCCUCAGAUCCGGGCGAAAAAGUACAACGGGGGAUGGGGGGCGGGAAUAGGGGCCACACGUCGGCUUUACCCGCCGUAUUUUUAUCCUACACAUUUGAACUGUACUCGUGAAACGUUUCUCCGCGCCCCCCCCACCCCCACCCCGCCCACUCGGUAGCUGGUUUCAACCUGUCCCAACUCUGUUGGAAUGCAUAUGUUUAUACUGAAAUGUGUGUUUUCUAUGUUCCGCGGCCAUCCAUCUUAACUUGAAAAAUUAAAAGUUUAUUAUCAAUA